UCACGCCUCUCGUCCCGCACACGCCUCACUCCAACUGCCCCACCUCCCGCAUUCCCUGGCAGGCUCCACUUUGGAUCACAACCGUCUUCUUCACCACCACCAUCACCACCACCACCGGGGCUCCGCCAAGCAACUCUGCCGGGGAGGAGGCGCACACACGCCGGCUUGAGGACCAUGGAGAGCGCAGGCAACGUCUCGGGUGCGGAUUACGGGAGCCAACUCGCAGCGUUUUACAACAUCAGCAGCGUCGGUGGUGGUACUUUGUGUCGGAACCUGACCGGGGUCUCCAACGCUACGGAGGCGCGGUGCGAGAGCGAGAGAGCGCUGAGCGGCGGCCCGGACGACGGCGACUCGAACCCGGUGAUCAUCGCCAUCGUCAUCACGGCUCUCUAUUCCAUCGUGUGCGUGGUGGGGCUGGUGGGCAACGUGCUCGUCAUGUACAUCAUCGUUAGGUACACCAAGAUGAAGACGGCCACCAACAUCUACAUCUUCAAUCUGGCGCUGGCAGACGCCCUGGUCACCAGCACGCUGCCCUUCCAGAGCGUCAACUACCUGAUGGGGACGUGGCCCUUCGGGGACAUCCUGUGCAAGAUGGUGAUGUCCAUCGACUACUACAACAUGUUCACCUCCAUCUUCACGCUCACCACCAUGAGCAUCGACCGCUACGUGGCCGUCUGCCACCCGGUCAAGGCCCUGGACUUCAGGACGCCGCGCAACGCCAAGAUUGUCAACGUCUGCAACUGGAUCCUGUCGUCCGCCAUCGGUCUGCCCGUCAUGUUCAUGGCCUCCACCGCCGUCACACCCUCCAGCAUUGUUGACUGCAAGCUGAUUUUCCCCCACCCCUCCUGGUACUGGGACACCAUGUUGAAGAUCAGCGUCUUCAUCUUUGCCUUCAUCAUGCCCGUCCUCAUCAUCACCGUGUGCUACGGCCUCAUGAUCCUGCGCCUGAAAAGCGUCCGCAUGCUGUCGGGUUCGCAGGAGAAAGACAGGAACCUUCGUCGGAUCACGCGCAUGGUCCUGGUGGUGGUGGCGGUCUUCAUCGUGUGCUGGACGCCCAUCCACAUCUUCGUCAUCAUCACCGCCCUCAUCAACAUCCCCAGCUCCACCCUGCAGACCAUCACCUGGCACUUCUGCAUCGCCCUGGGCUACACCAACAGUAGUCUGAACCCGGUUCUCUACGGCUACUUGGAUGAGAACUUCAAGCGUUGUUUCCGGGAGUUCUGCUCAUCCAGCCCUUCGCUGCUGGAGCUCCAGAAUUCGUCGCGGGUCGGAGCGGCGAGACGUAAGGCGCCGCCACGUGAGCGCAACAGCACGCAGACGGCAGAACGGUCCAAUCAACAGGUAUGACUAGCCGUGGAGGAGUCGUACGUUGACUCUCGCCGCGUCGCCAACGAUGAUCUCAACUCGGAACUCACACAAGUCACCACGGGGCUCUAAAAUCGCUUUACACGUGCUCGAACUAGGAUUUGUCGGAGGGGGAUGCUAAAGCCGUCGUCAUUCGCCAAAAGGGUGGAGGCGGUGCCGACGAAAUGUGCAUUCAUGUUCAUUAGUCGUGCAAAUUGUGAUUAAAGUGAUCUCAACCAGCCAUUGUAACAGACAGAAACAUAGCAAACAAAAGACAUGUAUUAUCUUUAAAUGAGUGUAGCUUCUAUAGGAACUAUUGUACAACUUAAUCCUGUCCAAUUCAAGAACUGUAUACAAAAAGUCAUCUUCAUUUUAAAAUAAUGCUGUUCUGGUCCAGUCCUGCAGGGGGAUUUAUCUACUGGUUCCUGUGGGUUAUUUCCCCAUUUGGCCCCAAUGCAUGUGUAUUGUAACAUGAAAAAGCAGACAUAAAUAACUUUGAACCAGAUAUGCACCAAAAUAUCGCCGUUUUUACCUUCGCCCCUGCACCAAGCUGCUAGAAAAUGUCCCAAAUUUUUUGUUUUUGUGCAGCGGUGUUACCGAACUGACUCUGAUCAAAACUGAAUAACUCACUUGUUGUUUUUUUUAUUUUUUAACUUGGCUAUGUAAUCUGUACACCAUAUUGUUAAAUGACCGCAAGCUUGUGCAAAUGCUAUGUGUGACACGAUAAACACACACGUGUUGUAUCGACUUUCUCUGUAAAGCAUGUUUGCAAACCGUGCCCGGACCUUCUGACGACAGACAUGAAGCAGAUCUGCACGGUCUCUCAAAUCCACUUUUGAAGAACGAAGGCAAAAGGCAGCUGUGCUGGUCGCACCGGACUUUAUUUAAAAGCAGACGCAUUAGCGUGUGUUUGCACAGUGCAGCCGGCGUAUACGUUACGACAAAGAGCGUGAUUAACUGCGGCCAUUACGGAGGGUGGGGGAGUGCACACGGGUGGAUUUUAAAAUAUGUCACACACACACACACACAUAUACAGGAUUGUAUGUACAGUAUUUGUGUCGUAGCUGUUGGGAUUGCUUGUGAUUGUCUUGUAUGCUAUGCUUUAUAUUCAUACAAAAAUGCACACACACACAAAAAAAUUAUUAAAAUGAAAAGGUCAGCACAUUUAUCGGGCGAGAAACAUUAUUUCAUUUUUUUUUAAAGGUAGUAAAACCAUGUGAUUGCUCCCAGCCAAUCACAGGGGAAUGCUAAUAUAAUAAUGGAAAAUGAGCGUAAAUCAAACUUUACCCAGAUUUUUUCCGACCAUGGCCACAAAUGGAAAUGUGAAAGGGUGUGGGAGCCAUUUUUAUACGUUUUAUUUUGUAAAAAGGCUAUGAAAAUAAGACAUAAAAUUUAAAAAAAUUGUGUUAGCUUUGUGUUAUACAUGGCAGAGUGUGAUUAUUCAUCUUUUUACUCAGUUUUUUUUUCCCAUUGUUGAUAUUGUUGUUGUUUUUUUGUUUACUUUAAUUUCUAAAAUGUGCCACAGGCCAAUAAAAAACAAGCCGCAGGUUGUAGUUUGGACACCCCUGAUGUAAAUCUUUUUUUUUUUAUUACACAUUAUAAUAAAAAAAUGUAUAAUAGAAAUAUACACAAAAAAAGAUAUAUAAAGAUGUAUAAAUAAAUAUUUUAAACUGAAAAUAAUUAUAAAUAUAAUGUAAAAAAGUACAACUAAAUCUCAAAAACGCAAAUUAAAAAACUAUUGUCAUAUUUUCCGCAGUUUAGAAUUUGUAAUUAUUUUAUGUAACCAAGCAAAAUGUAUGCAUUUAUUAGUGCAAUAAUUAAUUCCAUAACACACAAUUAAUCAGUAGUAUUUAAAUCUGGUAAAUAAUUCUAAAUGUACAGUAUGACUAUGCACUGUUUAAAAAAACAAAGUACAGGAAACUCAUUAAAAAAAGACAUUUUUAAAAAUACUACAGUUUUUCUGGAGUUCAUAUUUGAAAUGUUUAAUUAUGAUUUUUUUUUAAUGUAGUUUAGCAACUGUACACCAGCCUUCAAUUGCGGUACUUAUGCAAUAUUUAAAAGGUAUAUACAGUAUAUAUAUAUAUAUAUAUAUAUAUAUUUAUUUCUAAAAGGACAUUGUAGCUGUAUGACAGUGUAAAGUCAGCUGGGAUAGGCUCCAGCUAGGACCUAAAUGAGGAUAAGCGGCAUACAAAAAGGCAAAAAAAGGACGGAUGGUUGUGUUUGAAGACGUUCCACUUUACUACAUUUACCUGGAAUAAGGGGGUUAUUUUUAAAGAAUCUUUGUGCUGAGGUCCCACUCUGUUGCCAUGGUGAAAAAUGAUGAUCUAUUGUGAUCUAUUGUGAUCUAUUGUGAACAUUGCAUCAAAGAAGCCAAAGCAAAGGUGGUUCACGAUAUUAUAUAACAUAACAUAGUGUGCCUUUUUAAGUGGUUUUUUUUUUCACACUCAGUCCUUGCCGGCUGCCUUUUAAUACACGAUAUACGGUGUGCUUGUAUUUUUAUUUUAUUUUUUUUUUUUACAAAGUUUAUGCUUCACUUUGCUAUUCCACAUACAGUUUUUGCCCCCUUCCCAAUUUGUUCUGCAUGUUAGUCACAUUCAAUGUUUCAGAUCAUCAAACAACUUUCAUUAUUAGCCACUGGCAACACAACUGAACACAAAAAGCAUUUUUUAUAUGGAACUUUUAUUAGCAAAACCUACAUGGGCUUUGUUGUGGGGGUCUUUUGUGACCUUUUGGAUGAGUGGUCGUUGUGCUCUUGGGGUCAUUUGGGUUGGCCUGCCACUCCUGGGAAGGUUCGCCACUGUUCCAUGUUUACACCAUUUGUCUCCAGUGUCUCUCACUGUGGUUUGCUGGAGUCCCAAAGCUUUACAAAUGGCUUUAUAACCUUUGCCACAUUGGUAGUUCGCAAUUAAUCUCAGUUAAGUUAUAUUUUAAACCGGGGGGCAAUCACUUUUCCCACACAAGGACAUGUAAGUUAGGAUUUUUUUUUUAACUUAUUAAUUAUUAUUAUAAUAUUUAAAUUUGCUUGUUGAUCUGAAACAUUUAAUCUGAUAAACAUGAAAAAUGUGUUUUUUCACACCACAAAGUGAUCUCGUUCUUCAUUUUUCAAAAUAAACUACACCAUUAAAUUUGUAAUAUAUGAUGAUGAUGAUGAUGAUGGGCCAUCAUUGUGAAAUCAUUGUGCUGUGGUCUCCAAAGUCUGUAAAAAGCUUCACUAAACUGUAUUUUUGUUACUAUUAUUGUUGUUAUUUUGAUGAACAUUGUGCUUGUUGUCUUAAUAUGUAUACAGUUCAACUAUAUUA